UUCUUCAUUACAGGUCUAAGAAAUUCCGCGUAUCGUGUCGUUUCGUAUUGACAUCAAAAAUUAUCCACAUCGCAUACCCUUAGCCAACGUGGUUGUCUUCGAAGCAUAGAAACCCACAUUCGAACGGUUACCCCUGCAAGACAAGGCGCGCCAAUAGAGGUUGCGAUCUGUGGUUGGUGACUGCAGGCACAAGUGACUUGCUGGCGGAAAACGCUAGCCAUAGAGCGGUAGUUGAGUUUCGAUCGUCACCGCGUCAAGAUGACAGUGUCCUACGGUGUGGAGAAAUGUCCCAAGCAGUUCGACGAGUAUCGGACCACUCUGUCCAAGACGUACCUGGAGAUGGCCAAGGAGCAACUCCGCGAGGAUGAUACUUUGAGGGAGCAAGCUUUGGAAGCGAUGCGCACCUGGAUUGCGAAACAUCCUUACAUCCGGAGGUGUCGUACGGAUUCGCUGUUUUUGCUGAGAUUUUUGCGACAACGGAAAUUCUCGAUCCCCCUCGCAUGUGAAACUCUGGAGCGGUACCUAGCUAUGCGACAAACGUUUCCUCACUGGUUCCAGAAUCUGAAUCCGGAGCAGGAGGACAUGCGAGACUUGGCAGCAGAUGGAGUCUUCCAGGCGCUGGGAUUCGACAGCAAAGGACGCAUCGUCAUUCUGAUCAAGUCGCGGAACUUCAACGUGGAAAAAUAUACCCUUCUGCAUCUGAUUCGCUAUCUGCACAUGUACAUGGAAAUCCUUUCGUGCGACGAGCGAAUUCAGGUGGCCGGAAUAGUGCUGAUUGUGGACUGUUUCGAAACCACGAUGAUGCACUUUACCCUGUUCAAUUUGAGUGAUAUGAAAAACAUGAUGCCGUACAUAAACCAUCUGCUGCCUGUGCGUUGCAAGGAGAUUCACGUGCUGCGGCUGCCCAAGAUGAGCGUUACCCUGGUGGACAUUCUGUUCACGUUUGUGAGCGCCAAGAUCAAGCAUCGAUUCUUCUUCCACAAAACCUUGAUCGACGCCAAAAAGUACCUGGACAAGUCGCUGCUUCCGUCGGACCUCAACGGCACCAACGAUUCGAUGGAGUUGUCCAUGGGCUUCCACAAACUGGUGCGUGACUCGGAAGACGAGCUGGCCGUGCUCGAUCAGAUGGAGAUCGACGUCACCAAGUAUUCGGCCCUGUGGAACCAGAACCAUCCGGCGGCAGGUGGCUGCGGCAAGGAGAGUGAAAUCGAAAGUGGAAUGGUUGGCAGUUUCCGAAAAUUGAAUAUUGAUUAGAUACCGCGUCCAAGGAUUUCGCGUUAGGAGUUCAAUGUGGUUGAUGUAAAUGAACAUCGUAUUCGAUGUGAUGUUUGCCGUGUGAAAGUGAUCGUUAUGUAAGAAUGGUGUAAGAAAGGUGGGCAAAAUCGAACUUGAGUGUAGAACCUCUCGGAAAUUGGUGAACCAUGAAGAUGUGGUGAGGAGACGGAAGAAAGGCGGAGAAUAGGAGGUCGAACAAGAGAGCGGCCACCGUUUGAAUAUUUUUGGUCAAAAACGUGUUUUACUACCCUCAUUCCAAUGACGUUUGACUUGCUCGUCACCGAUCGACGACCGAAACCAAAAGGCAACAAAUCCGUGAUUUCGUAAUAGUGGUGAUCGUGUGUAGAAGUUCAGGUCGAUGUGGAUCUAAAACCUUAGCAGCUACUGCUACGGCUGUCAAAGAAAGUUCAACUCUGGGUGCCCACUUCUUGAUUCUACACUGCGAAUAGAUAGUUGUCCAGCUGCACGUUAAUGUGAGCCCGUGAAACCAGUUUUUCAAACUGUUUGUUAGAAUGUAAGGAAUUCCGUGUUAUACGUACAUGCAUGAUGUGCUUUAGUAUUGUCUUAAGAUAUAUAAUAUGAGAGUGAAAAUAGAGUGAAUUUUAUUACAAAUAUCAA